AUGGUGCAUGUACAUGAACCGUGUCCUGGAGAAAUGCAGCUACUGGUACAUGUAUUGCAGCGUAUGCAGGUCUUCAAGCGCGAGGAUCCACAUGCGACGGGCGGUGGGGAUUUGCCCCGGCUUGCGGUUGUUGCAGUUGCCUCGACGUCUGCUGGUCUGCUAAAUGUAGGUCAGUUUUCCUCGCAGCCGUGGCCGCACGGCACUCAGUCAUUGGCAGGCAUUCGACAUGCAAGUACAACGACGGUGUGCCGACGCAGCUUCAAGCGCAAGAUUCGCCAAAUGUGA